AAGGAUAAGGAUACGGAAAAAGUUUAACCAAUCCUGCGGCUGCCGGAGCAAAGUCCGAGCCGCCACGCAAAGGUAGUUUAACGACGCCCGCGACCACUCCCGAGUCAAAAGAACGAGCCAUGAUGGACUUCAUCAAACUCGUGGUUUCUCUCGAUGCCCCCAUUACACGCAUCAAAGAGAAACAGAGCGAGCUUUCCCGGAUAAAUGAUUGGCUGCAACGCCGGGGGCAGUCCGCGUUGGACUUAUCAAAAAUCCCCGAAGUUGUUGCUCUUCGCGAAAAAAUUGCGGAGGAUGCAAUCUUCAUCCAAGGUCGAGUGAUGGAGGCUGCUAAGCAGAACAAGAUACCGAUAGGGGAUGCAACAGACCCCGCUGGUGCAAUGUCAUCUCAAACAUCAGCUGAUUUGCAAACCCGUGAAGCAUUACAGGAUACAGUGCGAAAUCUCAACGCCAAGUUUGAUGAAGUCCUCCAGUUGCGUCGCAUUGGGAGACAUCCUCUUCAGGAUCAACGAGAUGCAGAGCAAAAGGCUUUCCGUGAUGAAGUUGAAGGAAUCCUUGCUAACGUGCGAAAGGAGCUGGAUGAGCUGUAUGAGAGGAGCGCCGAUGCGGAGGAAAUGAUAACAGAGGCCACAACAGUGCUCAGUGAAGAGCUGCAUGAGCGCUUCUCUCAGCGACUGGUCAAGACUCGUGAGUUUGGACAGUCCAGGGUUGCGUUAGAGAAGGAUGCGCGAGAAUUGUUCACUCAGGUGGAGAAGGACACCAAAGUCCAACAAGAAGAGUUUAGGGCUCUUGUUGAUCGGCUCUCUAUGCUUGAAAAGGAGAAGCAAGAACUUUUGAAGGAAGAACAGGAAUACAAGGAGAUCCUGGCUAAGAGCACUGAAGAUCUUGGCAUAAUGAAGAAUGGGCUGACUGCUCUUGUGCAGAAUCGGGGUGCAGUUAUUUCACAAUCCGCUUUAUCCGGUGGGGCCAAAAAUAAACCUAUGGAACAUGCAUCAACAAUUGGUGCAGUGGCUGAUGACAUUGUUCAAAAUAUUGUUGAACAGCAAUUGAAGCCCCUGCUUGGGAGAGCCUUGCAAACUGCUCGCGAGGAAUAUGAUAGUCAAAGCGAGGAGACGUUGCAGAAGGUGGUUACAAGCUUGGCACCCACACGCGAGCUUCAAAAAUGUUUGGAAGAAUGGCAUCAAUCCAUUACGAUGCCACCACCGGCCUCAGUUCGGCCUCCCCUUGCCCGCUAGCGCUGCAUGCUCCCUCAGCAACACCACCUAUCGUAUUUCCCUACCCUUGUAUUGAGACACUUAUAGGGUGUCACCCCUAACUCUCUCAUUCACUGUCACUAUAUAUUAAGUCCGAUAUGUAUAUUUGUAUCAGAGUUGUUGUCAUAUACCAUAAUUACUCGUCCCAUUUCCCUUCAAUUCAUAUAGCUAAUUAGAUGCUCAUCUGCC